CAUAAAGUUUCUCAAAUUGGAAAUGUACCAUUAUUUGGAAUCAUAGUUGAUGAAUCUACUCGUAAUGAGAUUAAAAAUUUUGUUCUUUGCUAUCAAGUGUGGAAUAAAAAAGAACAAACUCCAAUUGUUACUAUGUCAAGUUUUAAAAAUAUUUCAAGAUGCAAUAGUGAGACAGUUUCUAAUCUGGUUAUUCAAUCAAUUCAAGAGGAUGGUCUUGAUAUUGCUAAAUGCAUCUUAUGGAUUACUAAUAAUACAACCUAUAUGUCAAAGACUGGAAUAAAACGCCUACAGAUAGUGGAAUUAAGGUUUGCAAAAGACCUAGAAAAUGAUAUUAAUUGUGGAAUUAAUGAUAGUUUCGGUUUAAAAGAAAUGGUAUUGGAUAAUAAAGAAUUUGAUGAUGAAUUUGAAGAAUUUUGCAACGCCGAUAAUCCUAUACUAUAUAAAUUUCCUCAUCUCUACAAUUUCGUUACAACACAUAUUUAUUUUAUUAUUAUCCAUCAGCAACAGGUCGAAGGACUUUUCAAUAAAUUAGAUUUAAAAACUCAUGCGAAUAUGUCAUUAUUUCUUAAACAAUCAAAACUUCGAUUAGCCUCGGGUAAGAUUGAAAAAGAGGAUUUAUCUGCAGGUCUUAAAGAAAUUCGUGUUCAAAGAAGAGAAAAAGAAAAACAAAUUCCGCUUCAAGAUAAGCAAUCACCAUCAUUUGGAGAAGAAAUUGCAUCACAUCUUUUUAAUUGUUUAUUAGGUAAUAAAUAA